CGCGUUUGACCGAUCUCCUCAAAGCUGAGCUUUGACACGCAAACGAUACUUCCUCACCUCUCUUCCCCCUCCUCCCUCCUCUCCUCCCGGGACACCUCUUCUCUCCCCUUUUCAGCAUUUACACUUUCUUCCUUGGGUUCACGGCUUCAACUUUCAACUUUGGACGGGCACCGCAAGACUCUAGCAGUUCAGCAAACCUCCUAUCAAGCACACGUUCUUUGCCAACAGUCACUCCUUCGACAACAGCUUCCUACCACUCAACAAAGAAGCAUACCGGGCGUUUGUACCUUCCCGCUCGAUUCCGACAGUCAUGCACUUCUUCACCACACUCUCUACCAUUCUUUCCUUCAUCAUCGCCGCGCAAGCCGCGUGCACCCCCGUUCGCAACUCAACCGUCAACGGCGCGUCUCUCACCGGCAGCGCUGGCCGCACGUCUUCGUCAUCAACCUUCUCAGCCUUGGCUUCCCCCUCUCCCUCGGCAUCAACCAAGAGCAAGCACCACCAGGGAUCUAGCAGUUCGGCUGCCCUCUCCAGCGGCUCCAUAGCAAGCGCAUCCUCCCUGGGUACCCCUUCGGGCACGUCCGACAGCUCAACUCCAGCCACCUCCACGUCAUCUGCUUCUUCAUCCGUCAACACCGGGCUAAGUCGCGUCCAGGCGGCCGGGGACGGUGCCUACUUCAUCGGUGCUUCGGCGUACUACCUGUACACGUAUGCGGACGACGAUCGUGCAGCUGUCCUGGAUGCUAUGCAGUCAGCGGGAAUGACUGUCAUCCGCAUCUUUAUCACUUCUAUUUAUGCCAACAACAAGGGUUCUAACAACCAGGCUGUCAACGAUGUGGAGGUCGAUAAUAUCGGCACUUACGACGAUACCAUACUCACCCAGAUCGACCAGCUCAUGUACGAAGCCAGCCAGCGUGGCAUGAAGCUGCUUAUCGCACUGCACGAUCGGUACGCGCUCGGAUUCUGGGCGACCGAUGUCUACUGCACACAGCUCGGUAUCUCACCUUUCACAAACAAUCCACCCCAGAUCGCCGAUGCAUCCGCUUUCUACACAAACAGCUGGGCUGCCACCAUGUUCGAUCAGCGCAUGACGCACAUCCUCAAUCACCAGAACGCACAGAUGGGAAAUGCUGCUUGGAAGGACCUCGAUUCCGCAAUCUACGGUUUUGAGCCGGAGAACGAGCCCAUGGGUCACAUGGACCUCGUUGCUCCCAACUGGGUUUGCGAUCGUGCCAAGACCCUUGCUGGUCUCAUUCCCGCUGGCAGCUCCAUCCUUAUCUCCUCGGGUGGUGGCAUUGAUGCUGAUACAUCCGUCGGUGACUGGGCGUUCGGCUGUGGCGAGAUUGACGUUGUCGCCGUUCAUGACUACAACUUGGGUUCCGACUUCUUGAGCACGAUCCAAAGCGCCAACGAGCAGGCUAAACAGCAGGGUCGUGUCUCUGUUGUUGGAGAGUGGGGUGUCAUGGGAGAUGACAAGGCGAGCAAGGCACAGACGAUCGUCGAUGCGCUCAAAGGUGAUGGUAUCGGGUGGCUAUACUGGGAGGUGGCUAAGCCUGGUCAAGGCGCUAACAACUUCGAGGUCUGGACAGAUGAACCUACAUGGGACGUCCUUGCUUCCGCCGCUCCCAACGCUGGCGGCAACUCCAAACGAGCACUCGAAGCUGCUUCUAUUUACAUCGGAGACAGUCACAAGGCACGCUCUUCACGGAUGGCUUCCUCACGCCGCCGCCAUCACACCAAGCGUGGCAUUCACAGUGCUCUUGGUAAUGUCCGCUCGCACUAGACGCCAUGCGAGGUUCGUCCUUCGCUUAACUUCAAUCUCCAUUUCACGUGGUGAACCUCGACGGUUCGGCUGCUUCCAACUUGGCGCCCGGUGAUGCCUGGUUGUAUUUCUUUGGUAUGGUCCAUUGAGGUUUUUACCAACCUCGUGGUAACGUUUCUCUGUAUAUUGUGCCUGUUGCACAGGUCUUGGUUAUUUUUCGGGUUACAAUCGCAUCUGACAUCAUAUAAGCACAAGGCAUAUCUCUUGAUCUCUAACCCUCAUGCCCAGUAGUCACGACCCUAGGUCCUCAACAGUUUUCACUACGAUGUACGUAGAAUAGUUCAGCUGUCCGGUGGAGGGCCUCCCUCUGGAAGGGCUUGUAAUGCUAUAGGGUUGUCUCAUUAA